UUCUCCAGCUCUGUCCCCACAGCCAGCGUGGCCACGGCCUGCCCCGCUCGGCGCCCUCCGGCCCGCUUCAGGAGACCGAGGCCCCCCCAUCCACCGCGAGCCGUGCGGGCCCUGGGGUUUCCGCGUCGCAGAUGCGGGGCGGGGAGCGGGCCCGGCCAGGGGUCCCCUGAGCGCACGCCUUCCUUGGGGCCUGCGGGACCGCCGGUCCUCUGCCCCCUCCUCUCCCGCUGCCCACCUGGUAGCACCGAGUCUGAGACCACGCGUGGUCAUUUGCGUCUGUAGGCCCACUAGACGGUGCCCUCUGAGGGCCCGUGUCGCCGUGUUCUCCGCACGCCCGGUGCCCUGCACGAGGCCUCACGCACGGGACCCGGUGGGGAAAGGCUUGUUGAGUAAAGGGAGGAAGAAAGUCAUUGUGGGUGGAGGAACGGAGGCGGCGUGCCCGCAGAGGGAAGCCAUGCCGGGGCGCGGGGGAACCACCCGGGUCGUGCUGGCGGCCGCGCCGGCCUCUGGGCUGCCUUUUCUGCCUCUUCUGAUGCAGCGCUUCACGGCAUUCCAGUCCCCUGCCCCACAGGCCCCGCUGCCUCUUCGUGUGCGUCCUGAUUUGUCCGGAGCGCCUGCCGGGCUCAGGCGUCCCCCUCGGCCGGACGUCGGCCUCGCAGGGUCCUUCGGCGGGAGCCGGGUGGGCGGCGGUGGGGAGGAGUGGGCCACACGGAGCACCGACCGUGAGGCGCGGUGGGGACCCGGUGUUCCCAGAGCAGGACUGAGCACGCAGGCUGGCUCUUGGAGACCCUCGGGAGGCAGGGGUCACGAGGGCGGGUCUUCACGCGGUGUCCCUGACCUCAUGCUGCCUCCGGCCUCCCUGUCUCCGGGUGAGGAGGCUCCCGUCCUUCAGAGAGCUGAUCUCCUUCCCUGGCGGUUCACAGACACCAGCACCUGUCCUUCGUGUCUGGGACACGGUUCCAGAAGGAUCGCGGGUGUUCUCGAGGGAAGCGGGAGACCUCGCCGGGCCCUUGCUCUCUGGCGCCCUUUCACACGGAGCGCCUGUCCUUCUCUUGCAGAGCCCAACGACGAGAGUGGCGCCAACGUGGAUGCUUCCAAGAUGUGGCGGGAUGACCGGGAGCAGUUCUGCAGAGUCGCCCGGCAGCUGGCGCAGAAGUCGCUGGGGCUGUGAGGCCCCGGCACGCACACGGACACGCGCAGUGACAGUGACACCCUGUGCUGGCACCCAAAAAGGCGAGCUUGCAGAAGCACAGCGUCUGGUUUUCCCCUGCCUUUCCCGCUCCAAACAGGCUUCUCUUCUGAAAUGGUGAUUUAUGUAGGAUGAUGACGCCGGGCGCAGUUUUCCCCGUACUCGGGUGGGUGGUCGGAGCCCUCGCCACUGCCCCUCCCCGCCGGGGCCCCGCCCGUCGGUAGUGGCUUCCCUUCCGUCUGCCGGGCAGGGGGCAGCCAGAAUCAGUUGUCCUUCUGAAGAAGCAGCAGAGGGUGGGCGGGACAGCUCUGGCCUUGCUCCCCGCGUGCCCCAGGGGGACGGCUGUCUGCGUCCCUGCUUUCUAGUGCUUCGGGGGUGUUGUCCUUGUCAUCUGGUUACAGCUUUUUGUUUGUCGUGCAUUACAAACUAUCACACUUAGAAAUGCUUUCAGGAAAUAAAUACUUUUUAAAAAUGUGGAUUAAUGAAAAACGGGGUGUGUACGAGAGAGGUUUACUGCUGGUCGUAAGGACUGACCGCUUCUUCCUGGUCCCGUUUAGCGGGGAGGUACACCGAUGGCCGGGUUUACUGGCGCAUCACAGGGCGGGAGCACGCGAGACUGGACGUUUUGGUCAGUGUCUUCAGGACGCACAGGGGUCUGUCUUUUCCACAUAAACACGGGGAAGUUCUGACGUUCUGUACGUCGUGGCCGCAGCAGGAACGUUCAUUAUUGAGACAGUUCUUUUCACUUGGGACUGGAAGGGAAUGUGCACCCCUAGUGAGCGCAGAGGCGUGCCUUAUCCCAACCUUGACCGGGGCCGGGGGCGGGGGCGGGGCACUCAGUGUGGGGUGUGAUGUCCCUGCCCUGGCACCAGGGGCUCCGUUCUAAGCAAUAACAGAUCUGUUGCAGAAUCAAGGAUUUGGCCUGUCAGACAGGUUACAUCUAAAUAGGAAUUUCUAUUUUUGAAAUGGGGGACAGUCUACAGGACAUACGGUGGGUUUUACUUCUCAUCCUUCUCUCCUCAGUCGCUGUCCAGUGGGCGGGAAUCUGUCUCACUGACACCUGACACAGGGUUGCUUGGUGUUCACGAGACUGGUGGACGGGGCUCCAUCCAUGCUGGCUCUGUAAGGAAAGCAGAUUCUUUCUUUCUCAGAAGGGAACCAUUUCAGAUUUGGAACUCAGUACGAGAACUUGUAUUUGGAAGGGGAUCAGGAAGGGAGAGGGGUUGUACCUGAAUAGUAUUUGCGGGCGUAUGAAAUGAGACGCGGCCCUCUCCAUGGAGAGGGAAGGACUGGUCCGUGGGGGGAUGUGGUCCGUGGACACGGCUGGUGUGCAGGCGCUGUGGCCACGGGGUUUCCAUGAAAUCUGGAGAAGGGAGAGAGGCGAUCUCUUUGCAAGCAAAAUAUUUUUAUUCACUUGUAUUUAUUAAAUGGAAACAAAGAGAAUCUCAUGUCCUUACUUUGUGGUGGAGUUUAAUAUGUUAAAAAUAAAGUUAUAUAUUUUCCCCCUA